AUCAUAUCGUCUUCUACUUCGGACAGCACAGAAGAUUUAGCACUCGUUCGGAAUGUCUGAUUCUACCGUCCCAUCAAGCGUACCUCCAGCGGAAGAACCGGCGUCGGGACCUUCCGAACCCAAACCUACCGCCUCAUCCAGCUCGACCUCGAACGCAGCUCACGAUGGCGAGACCAAGAAGAAACAGCCCAUUUGUAUCGUCGUUAUCGGAAUGGCAGGAUCUGGCAAGACGACCCUGAUGCAACGUCUCAACUCGUAUCUCCACUCCAAGAAUACCCCUCCGUACAUCCUCAACCUGGAUCCUGCCGUGACUCAUAUGCCUUACGAAGCGAACAUUGAUAUUCGGGAUACGGUCGACUACCGGGAAGUCAUGAAACAGUACAAUCUCGGACCGAAUGGAGGGAUCUUGACGGCGCUCAAUUUGUUUACUACCAAGUUCGACCAGGUCUUGGGUUUCGUAGAAAAGCGUAGCGAGAGCGUCGAUCAUAUCCUCCUAGACACUCCAGGCCAGAUCGAGAUCUUCACCUGGUCUGCUUCGGGAUCGAUCAUCACCGAAUCCAUCGCCAGUUCCAUGCCGACAUGUGUGGCGUACGUGAUCGAUACGCCGAGGACGACGUCGCCGAGUACGUUCAUGAGCAACAUGUUGUACGCUUGUUCGAUCUUGUACAAAACCCGUCUGCCCUUCAUCCUCGUCUUCAAUAAGACCGACGUUCAACCUCAUCAGUUCGCAGUCGACUGGAUGAACGAUUGGCAACUCUUCCAGAAAUCCCUGCAAGCUUCCACCGAGGGCGGCGACGGGGAAGCUAAUUACAUGAACUCGUUGAUGAACUCGAUGUGUCUGGUCUUGGACGAAUUCUAUGAGGGGCUCAGAACGGUCGGGGUGAGCGCGAUGACAGGGCAGGGGAUUGGAGAGUUCUUCGAAAAGGUCGAGCAGGCUAGGGAGGAGUAUGAUCGGGACUAUCGCCCCGAGCUGGAAAAACAAGCCAAGGAAAAGGCAGCAAAGAAAGAGGCAGACAAGCAGUCUCAGCUCGAACGUCUGAUGAAGGACAUGUCCACGUCCGAGUCUACACGGACGUCAGCUUCCAUGCCGGGAGGUCGAACGGGAGAUGAUCGACCGGGCAGUGGGGUUGGACCGGGGAAGAAUCCGUUUGGACCUCAUGGGAUGAACGAGCGGGAAGAUCGGUGGUACGAUCAGGAAGAUGGGGAAGGCGACGAUGAUGAGGACGAGGACGAUAUGGAGAACGACGACGAGCUCGGACCUGACGCGGAUAAGGAGCAACCUUAUCCAGGUCAGAGGAGGUUUGGGGAUCAAGGGUUUGAGGAUUCGAAUUGGGCUCGACCUACUUGAGGGUGGUAAGACUGUCACGAGCGAUAGACGACACGUGUAUGAUAUCACAGCACAGAGGCAUAUCACUGUACCCAUAAGACAUGAUUAACGAGGCU